AUGGCGGACGGUACAAUUAAUGAUGCCGAUUUCGCUGAGCAAGAUAGGAGUGAAAAGAACAAGGAGGAAAACGAGAAACUAAUGGCUGCGAUUGAACACUUCGACAGAGAUCAAGAAGCCUUCAAUGAGUCGUCAAGUAAGUUCGAUGACGAUCGCAAAAAUGUGGAUCAUCUUGAGGUUGAAGAAACCGAGAAGAAAAUGACCGGAAUGUUGAAAGAAAGCAAAACGGCAGAUGAUGUCGAGAAGCACUUGAAUCAGUUGCAGCUGAAUAAAAGGGAUACUUGGCUUUGA